CGGCUCGCCCGGAGCAUGCUGCCCGCAGCCAUGAGGGGCCUCGGCCUGGCGCUGCUGGCCGCGCUGCUGUGCUCGGCGCCCGCUCAGGGCCUGUGGUGCCAGGACUGCACCCUGACCACCAACUCCAGCCAUUGCACCCCGAAGCAGUGCCAGCCGUCUGACACGGUGUGUGCCAGCGUCCGCAUCACUGACCCCAGCAGCAGCAGGAAGGACCAGUCGGUCAACAAGAUGUGCGCCUCCUCGUGCAGCUUCGUGAAGCGGCACUUCUUCUCGGACUACCUGAUGGGGUUCAUCAACUCGGGCGUCCUAAAAGUCGACGUGGACUGCUGCGACAAGGACCUGUGCAACUCGGCAGUGGCCGGGCCGCGGUGCAGCCCCUGGGCCCUUGCGGGGGUGCUGCUGCUCAGCCUGGCGCCUGUCCUGCUCUGGGCGCCCGCCCUCCCGCGGGGCCGCUGACCUAGCAAUCCUGCCCAGCUGGGCUGGCUCCGUGCUCUGGGGGGAGGGCCUGCCCACCCCCCAGAGGUGAGGCUUCC